AUGUUGGAACAGUUGAAUAUGGCUAUGGCACCUCCAACGACACCCCAAGUGCAAAGCGCUUUCGACAUUCUGGGCAAAACCCCAACUUUGCAGAGUGCACCUCCAAGUGAUAGCAAUGCUGUGAUAAUGAAAGCACUCACUGCUGCGUUGACUGGAGAUCGCAAGACUUUGCCAGCUUGGUCGGGUGCCCCAGAAACGUUGCGUAGUUGGUUGAGGCAAUUGUCGCUCUGGGAACUGGAUAACAACACCCCAAAAGAGCGCUGGGGUUUGAAGAUCAUGCAGAGUUUUCCAGAACAAUCCAUUCCCCGUCGACUUUGCGAAACUAUUGACAUUGGCAUCCUGUCGAGCCCUCAAGGGUAUAGUGCAGUGCUGUCAGCUAUCCUCCAGAAAUAUGGGCCAUACAUUGAAGCAGCAGCGCCUGCAGCCAUUGAGAACUUCUUCUAUGCUGGAGAGCGCCAGAGGGGAGACACAUUCUCCUCAUACAUAGCUGCCAAAGAAGUGGCCUUGCAAGAGCUGGAGAGCAAUCUAGGUGAGAAGCUGCCGUCGAAAGUUGCUGGACGAAUCUUGUUGAGACAUGCUGCGUUGACAGAUGUACAGCGGGAAAGUUUGGCGAUCAAGUACCAGGCGAUGAUGACUUUUGACCAAGCUGCUUCGGCCUUGAGGCCAUUGGACCGCCCUGAGGCUCUCAUCAACAAGGUGGCAAAGAACUUUGUCACUGGGGCUACUGAGAGUCACAGAGAGCCGUCCUACUGGCCGGAUGAUGAGGAGUUUGAAGAAGAUGACGAGGAACUGUUGCCCGACGACCCUUGGGCCGAAUCUCCAGAGGCUCCUGAGGUCGAUGAAGAAAUCCCCACACAUUUUCUGCUGUUUGAUCCUGAACAAGAGUAUACAGAAGAAGAGGCUAACUACAUUUGGGCCUACAGCAGUGCGUAUAAGGACAUCCGGAAGGAGCUUCAGUCGAGAAGAAAAGGCAGAAGUUUCUUCAAGCCAAAAGGCCGAGGCCACGGUGGAGUAGGCAAGAAAGGAAAGGCCAAAGGAAAACGACCAUCCAAAGGUCGUGGAGGUCCCGGCUCAGGCCGGGGGGCACUUCACCGUGGCACUCCAGAAGACUUGUUGGCGAAGACACGUUGUUUUUCUUGCGGGGAGUUGGGACAUAUCUCCAGAGACUGUCCCAAUGACAGGAGCAACACUUUCUUCAUUUGUCGGGGCACAGCAAGUGAUCAAGCUAGAACAUACAUGCAGUGCACUACUAAGCAACAGCCGGUUGGCUUGAGCAACAUUGAGUCGGUUGGCCUGAGCAACAUUGAGUCGGUUGGCUUGAGCAACAUUGAGUCGGUUGGCUUGAGCAAUGUUGAGUCGGUUGGCUUGAGCAAUGUUGAGUUGGUUGGCUUGAGCAACAUUGAGUCGGUCGGCUUGAGCAGUGUUGGACAAUCGUCGGUCGGCAGGGGAAGCGUUGACAAGUUAGUUGAGUCGCAUGACAUUGAGCAGUUGUCGACAGCACGUUGUGACACUGAUCACAUGCAGCCACAUAGUGCAUUGCGAAUGCCUGAGACAAAGGCCUUGCAGGUCUAUGCUGGAGUGGUGACUGAAGCUGGUGAAGGUAUUGUGGACACCGCCGCAGAGGAGGGUGUCAUUGGUUCCACUGCAAUGACCAAGUUGAGGGCCGCGCUGAUGAGGUUCGGACUUCAACCAGUUCCGGCAGCAGGCACCACUGUGUGCGCAGGCAUUGGAGGCAAUGCAAAGGUUGCUGGUGUUUUCGACGUGCCUUUGGGCAUCUGCAAGUGCAAUGUGUUGUUGAGGAUCACGGAGAUCCAGGAUGAGCCUCAGUUCACGACACCUCUGUUGUUGCCGAUUUCAUUCAUUGAGUUGGUUGGAGGUAUCGUUGAUACCAAGCGGAACCUUUUUCUUAUGGCCAACGGCCGCAAGACACCUAUGCGGCGAACGCCGUCCGGGCACCGUGCGAUUUCGGUGCUAGAGUUCAAAGGGCGAUGGACUCUACCGCCCAUGUUGUGCUCAGAGCUUGGCAUCGGAGACUCCUCUCCUUUUCAUUUGGAGCGACAGUCCGGUGACAAAAGGAAUCCGGUGCAACAGCCUGAGGUCGCCGUUUGGUUGAAGUUACAAGGUUCUUCGGCAAUGGUAUUCAUGGGAGCCCUUCCACCUCGCAAGACCAUGGUUCACCCUUCAGAGAUCUUCAAUGCCGACCAGGUGAACCUUCUCUCCCGUUUUAGGAUCAAGGUUCGACUCAAGUGCCUUCUCGAGCCAACCAUGAUCAAUCGGCUCACACAAUGGCGUGCUCGGGAGGACGAAGAGGACCUCCAGACGCCAAAGCCGAGGUGCAUGGGUCAGGCAAAGACUUUGAGCGCUUGGCAUCGGCUUGCUCUCAAGAUCGUCACUUUGAUCAUCCACUCCACAAGGCAGUCAGCCAUGGAUUACUUGCUGAACAAGAGCAAGACCCCAGUGGCCAAAGCCAAGAGCACAUCCACUCCCAAGAAGGAGACGAAGACCAAGCAGGUGGGAGAUGGCAAAGUGCGCAGGGGACUCGGCCAAGAGCUGCCUCGCUCCAAGGCCAACAAAACAUGGGCACAGGAACCAACCACAUGUGCCCACGACGAAGACAAGCUCCGAAUGCGCGCUGGGCGUGGCCAACACUGGUGGACCUGUCUCGAUUGUGGAGCGCGAUGGCAAAGGCUCGAGUGGGAAAUGGACAAGGCUCUGAACACUGGAGCAUCUUCCUCCCAGGACGCUCCCACUCCGGUGGAACAAGAGAUCGUGUCCUAUGCCAAGAACCCCCCAAGGACUUUGCCAGGACCUCGACAUCGACCAGAAGUACCAGCCUUGACCUUGGAACCAGUGCCAGACACCGAGGAAGAGCAGAUGACAGCCGACCAGAGACUGGAAGCCUUGUUGAGACAGAGUGCAAAGACUCAAGGGAGAGACACCCAGAAUGUGGCUGAGCUUCCCACGUCUCACGACUGCACUACGAGCACUACGAUGGAAGACUCAAGCCCAAAACCUUUUUGCUUGAAGAGCUCUAUGACCUUACCGAGCUCUAUUUCUCCGAAGGCUAAGCCACCUCAACCGCGGCCGAUGCCAAAGGCAAGCGGGCCUUCAUCCACGUCGAUGAGCACGUCCCAGACGAGAUCGGCGGUGGCAGCCCUCACUGCAUGUGUCACUAUACUUUGCUUCGUUCCCGGUUCAACCUGUCAUCUCGACUGGAUUGGACCUCGGCUGGAGGCCACUGGAAAGAAGCAAGAAGAAUUCGAGUUUCUUCUGAGCACCAGCUGCAAAGAGCUGGGCCGAACUGAUUUUGAUGGAGAGCCCAAGUCACUUGAACGAGGUCAACGACAGUACUUGGUUGGCCACCUCAAACACUUCAACGAGGUGAUCGGGGAAGUCUACAGUCCACCACGAUGCACAAAGGAAGCCCGCAAGCAGGGAUUCAAAGCCUCCAUAGCCAUGGACCUUUCCACCGGUUGGGACUUUCGGGAGCCAAAGGAUCGCCGACGUGCCCUACAAUGCAUCGCCGAGAAAAGACCUGCCGUGCUGGUCCUCAGCCCUCCAUGCACAGCAUUUUCACGAUUGCGAGCUUUGACGUCGUUCAAACGUCGCGAAGCAGAUGUGAGAAAGGAGUUAGAGGAGGCAAUGACACAUAUGCGGUUUUGCAUAUCCUUGUGCAAGUUGCAACAGAAGCAGGGGCGAGGAUUCAUCCUCGAGCAACCCCGAGAUGCGACAUCGUGGACGAUGCCUGAGAUGGUAUCCCUGUUGGAGGAGCCCGAGGUCUAUAGACUGUGCCUCGACCUUUGUCAGUUCGGUCUCCGAGCUACCAAAGGACCAUACCAAGGGCAACUCGUCAAGAAGCCCACAGCUCUUAUCUCCAACAUCCCCGAACUAGCCAAGCACGUCGAGAAGAAGUGCGACAAGUCUCAUGCCCACGGACAACUCCUUGGCGGUGCGGCCAAACCAGCAGCUGAAUACACACCCAGCUUCGUUCAGGCCAUUCUCAACGGUGUGAAGGAAGUACUGGGUUUGAAAGUCUCGACUCCAACCUCCAAGUCAGCAUCGACAAGCCACUGGGUCACCUAUGGUCGAACCCUCGGUGCUGCCGCUCGCAACUACGCCACAGACCAAGUGGAACUUGAGGAAGAGGUGUUCUUGGCCUACCAGAGCUUCGGGCAUCGGUCAAGUUUCCCUGUCAAUGUGGAGGAAGAUGUGGACAUGGAGGAUGUUCUUGGAGAAGAGGCACCAAGACCUGAGGAACCAGAGGAACAUGAUGCUGUGUCGGCCGUCCGUCGUGAGCUCCGAGGGCUUCAAGACAAUCCAGGAUUUGCCAAAGCCAUGCAAGAAGUCGAAACAUUUGAAGACAUGAACGAUGAGCCAAACACCCUUGCCCCACAACUUCGACGAGAAGUGCAUCGAGUCCACCGAAACAUCGGCCACCCAGGAAAAGAAAUCUUCUUGAGAGCCUUGAAGAAUGCAGGUGUUCGUGAUGAGAUUCUGCAAUGGACCAAAGCUCAUUUCAGAUGCCCAACCUGUGAGGCAAGGACUCGACCAAGUCCGGCCAGACCCGGACACCUUCUUCGUGCCCUCGAGUUCAACCAGGUGGUCGGCGCGGACUUGUGCUUUGCAGACCUGUUCAACGAGCAGGUGAUUCUCCUCAACGUUCUUUGUUGGGGAACAAACUUUCAACAAGCCUACAUCUGCAAGGACAAGUCAGCUGAAGAAGUCCUGGAAGCAUUUAUGAGAUGCUGGAUACAACCAUUUGGGGUGCCCAGCCUCUUAGUCCUGGACCGAGGCAAAGAGUUCGACAACCACCUCUUCAAGCAGACAGUGGGAGGACUGGGGGUCGGGCUACACUAUACAGACCCUCAGUCGCCAUGGCAGAACUCGAGAACAGAAAAAGCAGGAGGACUUCUGAAAGAGAAGCUGCGGUGCACCAUCCAUGAGACCACGGCCUCUCGAGAGGAACUCCAAGUCGUACUCGCCGAAGUGGUCGCUGCUCGAAACAGAUACAUGGACCGAUUCGGCUUCAGUCCAAUGCAAAGAUGGUUGAAGAGACAAGACUCCAAUGCAGUUAGACGAAGCCUCAAAGCCAACUCCAGAACCGCUGAUCUGAAACCGAUCCCGGCUGGGACCUGGAUCUAUGUUUUUCGGGACACUCCGUCCUAUCGAGGGUGGGUUGGUCCGGGAGUCGUCAUUGCCGAGGACUUCACGAACCGCUCAGCCUGGGUCUCCAUGCGGGGCCGACUGUGGAAGGCCAGCCGAGAGCAGAUCAGGCCAGCAACGCCUGAGGAAGAGUUAGGUGCUGAACUGAUUCUGGAGUUGUCGCAAGAAAUGCUACAGAAAUUGAAGAAGCCAGGACAGAUAGUCUACCAAGACAUCACUCAGGAGGACGGUCCGGCUGAAGACGACUUGGACGGUGAUGCGGUGCGACAGGUGUUGCGGGUUCGAGAAAACGAUCCUCAUGGUGAACCACACCCGGCUGCACCUGCACCAGCACCCGUCAGCCAGACCGACAGCACCCACCAGCCUGAAGACGUGGAGAUGGAUAGCGAGGAGCCAUCGUCCCUUCCAACCACUUCACUCAACCCAAGUCGAAGAGUGAGUAUCCUAGAACCCACUGAGGAGAGACUCCCUAUGGAAGGCAUCGUCGAAGAAGAAGGAGCAGCGCCAGAGGCUUCCGCCAGUGAACAGCCUCGAAGAGUCAUCAGAGUGGAUGAAAAUGGGGAUGGAGCCAUGACAUUCGGUCCCAUCCGCAGAUCAGACGGUCGCCUGACAGAGGUCCCAGAGACCCCUCCUGUUGGAGCGCCAAUGCCCUACCCAAUGAAUAGAGGGACGCCGCCACUUCCAAGACCACCUCCCAGUUCCUACUACAUCGAGGUGAUAGACUUCGACAAGGAUGAGGACCUGCGGCACUUGGGAGUGAGAGCGCCCUUCAUUGGCGCAACUUGGAGAUUUGACCGUGAACAAAGAAAGCCUGUCCUUCUUCCACGAGCCUUGUCGGAUGGUAAAACCUUCCACGGGGCAUAUGCCGAGGCCUCCUACUGCUACCGAGACAAGUGUCAUUAUGUGACCAAGUCCAAAGCUUCUUUUGGUCAAGUGCAGUUUAGCAAACUGGACGAGAAAGAAAAGGAAGUUUUUCGGAAAGCAAGAAAGAAGGAGUUGGAUAGUUUGAUUUCCAAUGGAGCCGUCCGAGUGCUUUCCUUGUCUGAGAGUAGAGCUUUCGAGCGGGAUUUUCCAGACCAGGUCAUCGAUUCCAAGUUUGUUGACAGAUACAAACCAAAAGACAUCGGCACGGACACCAUCGAAGAAUACAAACGUCGUGCAAUUCAAGAGGGUCACAUGGGUGUUUGUGAGCUUGAACAAGACCAACAGAGUCCGAAAUCUAGACUUUGUGUUGUUGGUUGGAUGGACCCACAGAUUCAUGAAGUUGAGAGGUCCAGUCCAACCCCCCUCAGCACGAGCCUCCACUGCUGUCUCCAGCUUGCAGCUACCAGGCAGUGGUCGACUCGAGUGAAAGAUGUGAAAACUGCGUUUCUCCAAUCGCUGCCGACCACUCGAGAAAAGAAACUAGCAGUGAGACAACCCAAAGACGAAACCUUGCCAGGGUUGGAAGAGGGUCAGUUGUUGUUGCUACUCACUGAAGUCUAUGGUUUAGUGAGUGGGCCAUCAUGGUGGAGACGAAGCUUUCUCAAAAUUGCCACCGAACAGCUGGGAUAUUCGUUGAACUGUUAUGAUCGGUGUGUGUUGACUUUGGGAAGCAGCAACGCCAGCCAGUCAGCGAAAACCGAAGGGUUCAUUGUUCUCGAAGUUGACGACAUUGCUGAGGCUGGAUCACCACUUCAUGUCAAGAAAAUGCAACAACUGGAAUCUCUCCUUAAAUUUGGCAAGGUUGAAGAUCUCCAAUCCGCAUCUGGAAGCAAUUACGCUGGGAGACACAUCAAACAGCUCCCUGAUUUUGGAUUCGAGAUUUCAAUGGAUGAAUACAUUUUCACUCGGUUGGAACCUAUUCAGUUGGGUAGGAAAGUGUUGGUCAAAGAUGCUGCGACAGUCAAACUGACAGAAGGCGAAAAGUCCCAACUGAGAGGACUGAUCGCCUCAUUGAAUUGGGUCGCAUGUGAAGGCAGACCAGACGGCGCAGCGGCUGCCAGCAUCUUGGCAUCCGCAUUCCCAGACCCAUGUGUCAGUCACAUCAACGCCGCCAACGACAUGGUCAGGCACUUGAAAACGUUUCCUGUCAAACUGAAGAUCCAUCAUGUGCCAGAACCCAAGUUGAGGCAUUUGUUGAUUGCCGACAGCAGCUUCGAUACAUCCGGUCGUGAAAAAAGUCAACACGGAUGGUUGCUCGGAUUCACGAAUGAUCGCAUGAAUCUUGGAGAACGAUCGCCUGUUUCUCUUAUGCAAUGGCGAAGUAAGAGAUUGAGAAGAAAGGCCGCAUCAUCAUUGUUAUGCGAAGCAAUAUCAAUGAGCGCUGCAACAGGUGCUUUGGAAAAACAAGAUGCAUUCAUGGAAAGCAUCCGACUGGCCAAUUACUGUCCCCGUUCCCGCCAGCGAACUGAAGACGAGUACCUCAGCCUGGCCGGAAAGUCGACUGUACUGGCCAAAGAAAGCAAUCACUUUGUUGACCCCCGAGCACUGGCAGUUGUCGAUGCAAAAGCAUUGUUUGAUGCUCUCCUUUCAGAUCAACCACAGGGCCAGGACGAACGGGCUUCAUUAGAAAUCUCCAUUAUUCGUGAAUCGCUCACUGUUGUUCUUGGACGCCCUCGGUGGAUACCUCACAAUAGAAACCCUGCAGAUUCGCUAACCAAACUGCACGGGGCACAUGUGGAGCCCAUGUUGGAACUGCUAAGCACAAACAGUUUCUGCAUAGAAGAAGAACAGUCAGUGUUGCAGCAAGGAAGGCAAUCGGAGAACCGCCAGAAGAUUGGCCUGAAAGGUCAUGGAAACAGAAUCUUUUGGGGGCUGACGGACUUGAUUCAUGAAUCUAAGAGACUCUAA